AUGGCGAAAACCGUAAUCUUAGUGAGCUCCGACGGCGAGUGGUUCGAGAUCGCUGAAUCCGUGGCGGCGCAGUCAACAGUGAUCGGGAACAAUCACGGCGGCGAUGAGUUGGUGAGCGGCGUCCCCGUGAAAGUGCUCUUGGAGUAUCUUAUGGCUGCCAACUAUCUCGACAUCAAGGGUCUAAUUGAUCUCGUCUCGCAGAAGAUCGCCGAUUCAAUCGAAGCCUGCAAACCGGAGGCGGAGGCGCGCGAAUACGAUGAAUUUACCAGUGAGGGUGUUGUUGUAUAUCCAGAUUUGUUUAGUUCAUCUAUUUGA